GCGAGGGGCGGCGUGCGGUGUGUGCGAGGGGGGCUGUGAGAGCAGGUGGGUGUGAAAGGGGCCGUGUGUGUGCAGGUGAGUGUGCAAGGGGUGCUGUGAGAGCAGGUGGGUGUGAAAGGGGCCGUAUGCGUGCAGGGGCACGUGUGAGCGGUGAUGCGUGUGCAGGCGAGAGUGUGAGGGGCAAUGUGUGUGCGUGCAGGUGAGCGUUUGAGGGCUGGUGCGGUGGGUAGGUGUGUGUGCAGGGCUUGGUCCAUGUACAGGUGUGAGGGCAGGAUUUGGUCCACGGGCAGGUGUGUGUGCAGGGGCUGGUCCGUGUUCAGGUGUUUGUCAGGGGUUGGUCCUUGGGCAGGAUUUGGCUCAUGGGUGGGUGAAUGUGCAGGGGCUGAUCCACGUUCAGGUGUGUGUGCAGGGGUUGGUCCGUGUUCAGGGUCCGGUCCAUGCUCAGGUGUGUGUGCAGCAGUUGGUACAUGGGCAGGAUUUGGUCCACGGGCACGUGUGUGUGCAGGGGUUGGUCCCGGUGCAAGGUUGGUCCGUGUGCAGGGGUUGGCCCAUGUUCUGGUGUGUAUUCAGGGCUUGGUCUGUGGGCAAGUGAACAUGCAGGGAUUGGUUCAUGUGUAAGUGUGUGUGCAGGGCUUGGUCUGUGGGCAGGUGAACAUGCAGGGAUUGGUUCAUGUGUAGGUGUGUGUGCAGGGCUUGGCCCAUGUGCAGGGACUGCUCCGUGUGAGGCACAGCGGGCAGGUGUCCCCAGCCCUGUGCCCAGCCCCUGUGCCCCCACAGCCGCCAUGGAGGUGAGCCACUCGGUGAAGGAGCGCACCAUCGCCGAGAACAGCCUGGUGAUCCUGCUGCAGGGCCUGCGCGGCCGCGUCACCACCGUGGAGCUGCGCGACGAGAGCGCGGCCGCGGGGCGCGUCACCAGCGUGGACGCCUUCAUGAACGUGCGCCUGGCCGAGGUGACCUUCACGGACCGGCAGGGCGCCGUGUCCCGCCUGGACGAGCUCUUUGUGACCGGCAGGAACAUCCGCUACGUGCACAUCCCCGACGAGGUGGACAUCCGCGCCACCAUCGAGGAGCAGCUGCAGGCCAUCCACAGGGUGCGCUACUUCGGGGCCCGCGACAAGGGACGCCGGGAGUUCCUGCCUGCCAAGCACAAGUGAGGGCCUGGCACUGCCCACGGCAGCCAGGAUGGGCCUGGGUGGAUGUGACCCUUUGGUGGACUGCCAGCUCUCUCUGUCCCGCCCAGUGAUGUUCCCCAAGAGACAUUUUCCUCCAAGGACUUGAGGUUCUGCUGUUCUCUCCACCUGCAGAGGAGCAGGACUGGUUUUUGUAGUGAAUAACACCAUUUAAAGGCUC